UUCUUGUUAAAUGACUAACGUCACGUUUCUUCUCCCUGUAGCUCCUCUUCUUCUCAUCGAACACUUUUUUUUUCUUCUUCUUGCUUAAUCAAUGGUAUUCUCCAUCUUCUUCUUCACAUUCUCUUCACCUUCACUUUUUGGGCUUUUCGUUUGAGAGAUAAAGACUUUCUAGACGUUUUUUCUUCUCUUAUGCAGUACUAAGCAGAAGAUCAAUUUACAACAGACACCAAAAAAAAAAAAAUUGGUACUGCAAUUCGUUCUCUUUCACAAAACACACAAAUCAUAUUUUUUUUUUUAAUUCUUUCAUUCUUAGGGUUCUUUCGAUUAAUAGAGUAAAUCAUUUGCUUACUCACCUAUCGCGAGGAAGACAAUGCGGUUUCAGAACUGCGAGUUAGAGUGGAAGAUGAUGUAGUUCAAAAAUUAGGCCAUUAUAUUAAACUCAGUGUGGAGUGUGGACUUCGAAGUAUUUCUCAAGAAGCAGAUCAUGAAGAGGAAGAAGAUUCAUUAUCACCGUCUUCUUCUUCUUCUUGUGGACGGGAUAGAUCUGUGUGGUUAUGUUCAAGCUUGGUCUUUUCUUCGCGAUUCUAACUGCUUUGGGUCUCGCUGGUUACAAAUGGCUCGCUCCUUCAAUCAUGGAUAAGGGAAGAAUGCUGCUUGAUAUUAAUUUCCGUGAAGGAAGUCUAGAAACAAAGCUUUCGAUUUUAAGAUCUUGGAAACUAUGGACAUCAUCAUCUCCGUCUCCAAAGAAACUAUCAAAUAAGGUAUGCAUUAAAAGAUGAAAUCAUUACAAUUACUUUCUAAAAGUACGACGAAUCGCAUGCUACAGUAGCAAUCCAAAUAUGGUAUGAUAUCUUAAUGCAAUUUUCAACAUAAAAGUUAACGUACUUGAUACCAAAAAAAAAAAAAAAAAAGUCAAUGUACUAAUUUUUAAUAUUAUUUUGCAUGUCCGUACCUAUCCCGUUACAUGAAUUGGUGGAGAAGAACAAAUAAUUGUUCAGGCUUCAAUAUCUAGACUCCGAAUCCAUUUUUCAAGGUCAGGCCAGUCCUGAUUUCUGCCAUUUGUCCUAAUUGACAUGUUUAAGUUGAGUUAUUAUUGACCACUAUAAAGGAAAAAAAAAAUAAUUAGCGUCCUGCGUCCACAACGUAGAUCCGGCUCUAGAGGUGGCGGGAGGGACCGAGGGACAUGGCUCACGCCAAACUCUAAAAAAGUUCCUUACAUAAAAGGGUCCAAAAUUUAUUCUUUUGUUAAAAAGGGCCCUGAAAAUAUGAUUUGCCUAAUGCUAAAAAAUAAUGUUGGGUCAAGCUACACAUGCUCUAGGGAUAAGGGUAAGUUAUGUGUUACGACACAUCUCCGUAUAUUAAAAAAAGAGAACAAAAAUAUUAUAAAGUGAACGUUAUAAAUAUGUUGUAAAGUCAACAUCUGUUGCCUUCUAGACUCUUCUCAUUAACAUAUCACUGCCGACAAAAAAAAAACGGCAAAGUUCGUCGUCGUUUUAUCACAAGACCAUCAAAACCAUACGGCUAUAAAUCUAAGCCCGAAGUACUGAUAACUCCACAAAAGCAGAAGAAAAAAAAAAA